AUGUCAAUAUUGUUUUUUGUAAAAUUAAUAAUUAUAAUAAUAAUAUCAAUAUCAAUAUUAAUAAUAACAGUAAAAUCACAACAAACACCAAUAAAUAAUAUUUAUAUAAACAGUAUAGAUGGUGAUGAUAAUGGUAGUGGAACAAUAAAUGAUCCAUAUAAAACAAUAUGUAAAAUAAAUCAAGUUUUAACAACAAAUACAACAAUAAUAAAUUCAAAAGAACAAUUAAUAAUAAAUAUAGCAUAUGGAGAUUAUAAUAAUUCUCAGUGUACAUUAGAUUUAGUAAACCUUUAUGAUACUUCAAUUGUAACUUAUAAUAAUAGUAAUAGUAAUAAUAUUAAUAAUAAUAAUAAAAUAUUGUAUAAUGUUUUCAUAGAGAAUAUAGUUUUAAAUAUAAUAAAUUCAACAAUUAAUAUUAACAGAGUUGAAUUUUCAAUGAAUAAUAGUAGUAAUAAUAGUAAUAAUGAAUUAUCAAUGAUUAUACGUAAUAGUAUUGUAAUAUUUAAUUGUACUUCAUUCAAUUAUUUUAGUUCAAUUACAAAUAAUAGUAAUAAUAAUAAUAGUAAUAGUAAUAGUAGUAUAGAUAAUAUGAUUAUAAAUUCAACAGUUUCAAUUAUUAAUAAUUCUUCAUUUAAAAUGGAGGAUAAUAAUUUUAAAUUACUUAAUACUAUAAUAAUGAUUGAUAAUUCAAUGAUUCAAGGUAUUACAUUUGAAAAUUUAGCUACUAUACUACCACUACAAGAGGAAGAAGAAGAAAAAUCAUAUAAUAUUAUUAUUGAUAAUUCAGUUUUAAGUGAUUGUUCAAUUUCAACAUUUUUUAAAAGUCAAGUAAUAAUAAGAAAUACAGAGUUUUUAUUUUUUUUAAAGAUUAACAUUGGUGAUUCAUCAAUUGUAUCAAUAAUGGAGUCAAAAGUUUAUAACUUUUUAAAGUUAUCACCACUUGGACAGUAUCCAAUAAUUUCAGUUUAUGGAAAUGGUACAACAUUAGAAUUGAGUGAUGUUAAAUUUGAUGGAUUUAAAUUCUUUUUAAAUUUUAUAGUAUCGGAAUCGUCAUCGAAUAUCAUUAUUAAUGGAAUCACAUUUUCAAAUUGUAUAUCAUCAAACUUUUUUACAUUAUCAAGUGGUAGUAAUUUAUCGAUUGAAAAUAUCAAUCUUUUAAAUACGAGAAAUAUAUUACUAGUUAAUAUUGAAAGUUCAUCAAAUGUUUUCAUAAAGAAUAUAAAAUCAAAUAACUGUUUUGACGGUAGUAAAAAUAGUAUUGGAUCAUUGGUUAAAAUGUCGUCGGCUAGUAAAUACUAUCAGUUGGAAACAAGUAAUAUUGUAAUUGAAAACGGUAGUUUUAAAUGUUUUGGUACAAGUUUGUUUAGAAAUUCAAUGGUUACUUUCACCAAUAUUAAUAUCUCAAUGAUUGUUGGAAAUUUAAAUUUUAUAACAUUAUUAGAUAAUACUAAUAUGGUAAUGAGUCAAGUUCAAAUUCAAACAAAUGGUAUUAACGGUGGUGGCGGUAGUGGUGAUGGGAGUAGAAAUGGGUAUUUGUUUUAUUUAAAUAAUUUAUCAAUUUUAAAUAUUCAAAAUUUAUAUUAUAGUCUAAGUAAUUAUGCAUUGUUUAUUCUUUCGAAAAAUCAUUCAGUUGUAAUAGUUGGUGAAUCAAAUUUUCGAUAUUUACAAUUACCACCAAAUGGAAUUUCAUUUAUAGAGUUAUUUCAAUCGGAUUUAGUGAUUUCAAAUUGUAUUUUCGAUCAAUUAUAUUCAACUGGUUCAGCAUUGAUAAGCGAUGGUGGGGUAGUUAUUGGUCUUCCUUUAGUAUCGAAUAUUAGCAUUGAUUCAACUUCAAUAUUAAAUUCGUAUUGUCAAACACCAAUGUUUGAAAUUAGUUAUUCAAAUUUUUAUAUCAAUAAAUUAACUAUGCAGUAUUGUACUACAGAGUCCCAAUUGAUGAAUCUGGUAAAUUUCAAUUCCAUAUGGUAUGAUAGUGAACUUGUAAUUGAGAAUUCAGUAUUUUCAAAUAAUCAAGGUAUAAAUUACACUGAUACUGAUUCAAUUUUCUUGACUAAUAGUUUACUCUUCUUUAGGAGUACCCUAUUAACCAUUUCAAAUUGUACAUUCCAAAAGAAUUCAUUCUAUCCAACUAUCACUGCUUUCCUUGGUCAAUUCCAAUUCAAUGAGAUUUCAUUUCAAAAUAAUACUGGUUCAUUCUUGUAUUUGGAGUCAUCCAAUGGUGAAAUCAAUAGAUUCUCAAUGAUAGAAAAUGAAUUCCCAAUAGAUUAUUUAUUCGCAUUUUCAAAUUCACAUGUAAAUUUUACAGAUUUAAAUUUACAAUCAAAUUAUUUCUUCAAUUAUUUAUUGUACUGCUAUUUUUGUUAUUUAGAUAUCAAUGGUUUUAAUUACUCUGAUAAUAGUGUUGUUACAACUAUAUCCUCAAAUAAUGUAUUUCCAUUCCCAUUUUAUGGUGGUAUAAAUGGUUAUCCAAUUUAUAUUGCUCAAUUCAUACUUCAAUCUACAAAUGCAGUCUUCAAUAAUUUCAAUAUAAAUGAUAAUCAUUUCUUUUCAAAUUUAAUGUUUAUUGAAGAAAAAUCAACUAUUACUUUUAUUAAUGGUUUUAUAAAUUCAAAUAGAAUUCAAGAGAAUUCAACAUUAUUCAUUAAUUCAAAUUCAAUUAUUGAUUUUGAAAAUAUAACAAUUUAUUCAAAUGAUUUUACAUUAAUUAGUAGUAGUAGUAAUACAAAUAAUAAUAAUAAUAAUAAUAAUAAUAAUAAUAAUAAUAAUAAUAAUAAUAAUAAUAAUAAUAAUAAUAAUAAUAAUAUGGAUGAUAAUUUUAAUAUUUAUCCAAAUAGUUUAAUUGAUUGUUUAAAUAGUAAUUUAUCAAUUUCAAAUUGUAAUAUGUCAAAUAAUAAUUUCCCUUUUAGUAGAGGUGGUGUUGUUUCUUUUUGGAGUAAUUCACUUAGUUAUGUAAACUACUCUUUUUUAAUCACAAGUAGUGAUUUCAUUAAUAAUACAGCAUAUAUGGGUGGAUCUUUAUAUAUUGAUUCUCAAAUUAAUUCAAAUUUAUUCUUGUUUAAUGGAAAUCACCUUUUAAAUAAUUAUGGUAAACAAAGUGGUGGUGCAAUCUAUUCAAGUUUUCCAUCACCAUCAAAUAUUAAUACUGAUAAUCACCUCUUAAAUAAUUAUUGUUUCUAUGGUGAGAAUAGUUUAUCAUCAUCUUUAAAAGAAAUUCCAACAAAUAUAACCUCAAUUUAUGGAGGUGAAGUUUCAAUGAUACAAAUAAUGUUUAUAAAUUAUUAUGGUCAAAUUUCAACUGAUAUAUUUGGUUCAUUUAAUACAACAAUUACUUUAAUUAAUAAUAAUAAUAAUAAUAAUAAUAAUAAUAAUAAUAAUAAUAAUAAUAAUAAUAAUAAUAAUAAUAAUAAUAAUAAUAAUAAUAAUAAUAAUAAUAAUAAUAAUAAUAAUAAUAAUAAUAAUAAUAGUAGUUAUAGUAAUAGUAGUAGUAGUAGUAGUGAUAAUAAUAAUAAUAAUAAUAAUCAAUUAUCAAUAUUUGUAAAUUGUCAAGUUAUUGCAGGACAAGGUUAUUUAUUAUUUCCUGUAACAUCAUCAAUACCAGGAAAUUAUAGUAUUAUAAUAAAUGAUUUUGUAAAUGUUACAUCAUCAUCACAAAGUAUUGGUGCUAUUAUUAUGGAAACAAUUGGAUGUGCUCCAUUUAAAAUUUCAACAAUUGAUAAAACAUCAUGUCAAUAUUGUUCAGUUGGUUCUGCACCAAGUAAAACUAGUGGUAAAUGUGAAGUAUGUAAUGGGAAUCAAUUAACUUGUUUAAAUUUAGAAGUUUAUACAUUGGAUGGAUUUUAUAUGUUGGAUCAAGAUGUUUUAAAAGUUUACAAAUGUCCUUUUGAUUUAUGUUUAACAAAUAAUACAUGUUCCUCUAAAUGGUCCAAUGGUGAAUUAUGUUUUAAUUGUAUCGAUGAAAAUAAUCAACAGGUGAUAGCUAAAAGUGGUAUUCAAUGUUGUACAGUUUUUCAACCAUUAUUAUUAUUGCCAAUCCUUUUGGUUUAUUUACUAUUUUCUUUGUCGCUAUCAUUAUUUAAAUAUAAAUUAUAUGGAUCAUUGUUUGUAAAAGUUAUAGUAUUCCUACAGGUAAACUCUGUGGUGUUCUAUUCCUAUAGUGGUAUUUCAUUAUUACCAAUUUUUAGAAUUUCCUUAGAUACAAUUCAAGGUAUUUGUCUUUGGAAGACAUUGGAUUAUAAUCAUAAAGUUUUGGCAUCAUUUGGUAUUAUAAUCUUGAUGAUUCUCAUAUCGUUGAGUGAUAUCACAGUAAAAGUAUUUCUUUUAUAUAGAUCAAGCCUUAAAGGCUUUUUAUUAAAACCAAUUAUUAGAAUUUUAGGAACUUAUCCAAUUCUAAAUAAUAAUGAAACAAGUAAGGCAAGGUUUAGAUGGUCAUUAUUUCAAAUUAUGUUCAUUCCAUUAUUAUUCAACUCUAUUUCAUUGUUUAUUAGUAACCCAAUAUCAAACUCUUUAGCUUUAGAUCCAUCCAUUAGUUUUUUAAGUAAUUCAAAAUUACAAAUAUUUCUAUUUACAGUUUCAAUUUUAACACUUGUUGCAAUAGUAAUUUAUAUCGUUGAUAUUAUAAGAACAAGAGGAAUACUAACAAUAAAAGCAAUUCAUUUAUGGUUAGAUUUAGUAGAAAUGACACGAUUAUCAAUAUUUGUAAUUUUACAACUCUCAAUGUUUUACAAUAUGAAUUAUUUUAUGAAUAUAAUUCAAUCUCUUCAAUUGGUUUAUUCAAUAUUACUUCUUUUAUUUACCAAUUUCUUAUCAAGUAAAAAGAAAUUCUCUAGAUUAUCAAUGAAAAAUGAAUUACACAUAAACUAUAAUUCAAAGAUAAUACUCAAUUUCUUUCAAUCAAUUAUUUUCAUCGUUGCUGAUUCAUCAUUUAUUCAAUCAUUGCAACAACCCUCCUAUAAAGGAUUCUAUAUUACAAGUUUAAUUUUUUCAUUGCUUUUUAUUUAUUUUAUUUAUAAAUCCUUAUUUAUUAAAAAAAGUAAUAAAAAAAGAAUAAAUUAA